AUGGACCCCAAGUCUGCCCUCUCGCUCGGUCGAAUCGAGCACACAGAUUGCCCCAAGUUUCCAGAGGAUGAAGAUCUUGAGUACAUGAAAGAGAAAGGAACAAUACUGUUACAGGUGAUCGAGGUGGCUGGCUAUAAGUUGGAGCACGUUGCAAGCGUCUUUACCAAGGCAGAGCACAAGCUUCUGAAGGGCGAACGACAGAUAGCCGUUGAUUUUGUCCGCGCUGUCUACUUUUGGAGGCAUAACCUGAUCCAGGAAACCCUCGAAUUCUACGGGAAGCUUUCAACCUAUUCGAACCUGCUGAGCAAGACGGAAAAGACCAUUAACAAUUUGGAUACCUGCCUCAAAGAACUGGAAGAGGCAAUCAAGGAGAAUGAAUGGAGCGCCGACCUAGCAUCCUUCGUCUCCCCCACCUCGGUCCCAACAGCCUGCCCUUACCAGCUGUUCGUUGAGACCUAUCUCGCGAGGGAGGACAUUGUGGCAGACCUCCGCGAGUGGGAUGACGACGACGACGCCGGGAUCAUUGAGGAGAUGGCGAAUCGCCUCAGGAAAUUACUCUUGAACUCCAAUUCCCCCGACCUCGGAAAGGUCGGAGGUGGACAGCCCCAGGUGGCAGCCAUAGCGGUGCACCGUGACGGCAACGGCGACAAAAGCUUCGUUGUCGGUUGCAGCGGGCCGGAAUGGCGGGGCUUUCCCCCUGUCGUUAGGAUGGUUAAGCGCCUGCGGAAGCGUCGACUGGAGAACUACCACUCUUGCGGCACAGAUGCCUUCAACGCGCUGUGGAAGCUGGUGAAAGACAAAGGCGGCGCCAAACCAUACGAUCCCACCAAGACGGGGUCGGACCAGCCGAAGGAGUCGGAGGAGGCGAGGAACAAGCGGCGGGAGCCGAUACGCCAAGCCCUGAAGGAGAUGGAAGAACACGAGUCGUUCCUCGGCAAGAGGGGUGAGGUGUGCAUAGCAUUCGACACGGCGACGUGGGAACGCAAGCCGGCUUGCUUGGUCUGCUAUGGCACUCUGGGGGACCAGGACCCGCUGGGUAGGACCGAAGCCGCGAAACUCGAGAGCAUGGAUUACUUCCUCGGCCAUGUCUAG